CUUUAAUGGCUCUUAAGCAUUUCUCGGUGGUCCUACUUCUCUCUGCUUUGGGUGUUGAUGCAGCAGUUUUUACAUUCGAAAACAGAUGUGCCAUGACCAUAUGGCCUGGGAUCCAACCGUCUGCUGGCCGACCCUUACUCAUGAAUGGUGGUCUUGAGCUUCAACCUCUAGAAACAACGAAUGUGACAGCUCCAAUAGGAUGGUCAGGACGCUUUUGGGGCCGAAGCGGAUGCACCUUCAAUAAUCAUGGUGAGGGAACAUGCGAAACUGGAGACUGCGGAAAUGGUCUUUACUGCAACGGUGCUGGGGGACAACCCCCAGCUUCGCUAGCUGAGUUCACCCUCGAUAGCCCUUUAGAUUUUUAUGAUGUGAGCCUCGUGGAUGGAUACAACUUGCCCUUAUCGGUAUUCCCAUAUGAUGACUCGCGAGUUUGCCCCAGCAUUAGGUGUGACACUGACUUGAACCUACACUGCCCUUCUAAUCUACAAGUCAAAGGGAAUCAUGGAGAGACGGUGGCCUGCAAGAGCGGAUGCACAGCUUUCCAGUCGCCUGAAUAUUGUUGCACUGGUCACUUCCAGGAUCCUAAUAUAUGCAAGCCCACGAAAUACUCGGAAUAUUUCAAGCAUGGUUGCCCUACUGCUUACAGCUAUGCUUUUGAUGACGGAUCAAGUACUUUUACUUGCCGAGAAGCCAAUUAUAUGAUCAUAUUCUGUUAAAACUUUUUGGAAAGAAUAGAAUAAAUAUAUGCCUCGAAAACGAGCGAUAUAGUACUUUAUAAGACCAUGUAACAUAUCUAUAAUUCCUUACUGUGAAGAUUAUAGGAAUAAACGGAGUGACUUAUGGACAAUGGUUGCUAUGUAUGGCCACUAAUAAUUUUAUAGUUAUACAACAUGAUCUUAAUAACACAAGAUCAUGUGUCUUAGUGUCACAGAGCUUGUGUCAAGGAAAAUGAAAUGGGCGGAAGAUUAGGGUCAAAAGCUAUCAUGACAUAGAUAUAGAAUGUAAUCUUGUACUUAGGGUUUCAUAUAUGCUCAAGAGUCAAGACAAGCACAAUAAAACUAAUAUUCAUCCGUCC